CAGACCAUGUCUGUAGCCCCCCUCCCCCUCCCCCUCCAAGCCACCUCGGGCAUCUACUGGUGCUACACUUGCCGCCGCAUGGUACACAUCACCUCCACCGACACCCCCAUCUGCCCGCGCUGCCUUGGUGGCUUCAUUUGCGAAAUUAAUGAGAUCGUUCUCAUCCCACGCCUCACCCCAGACCUCAACCUCCUCCAAGCACUCCAUGGCAUCUUCCAAACCCCCCAACAGACGGUCCGAUCCUUAAACAAUCCGCACAUGCCACAUGGCACCCUCAGGGCCCACCCUGAUGACUACUUUGUGGGCCCAGGCCUUAACGAACUAAUUGAACGGUUAACAGAGAAUGACCUACCAGGCCCACCACCCGCACCCAGGUCAGCCAUCGAUGCGAUGCCAAGGGUGCAGAUAUCGCCAGCCCAUUUGGGUUCAGACCCCAAUUGCCCAGUUUGUAAAGAGGAGUUUGAAGUGAGAAUGGAGGCACGAGAAAUGCCUUGUAAACACUUGUAUCAUGAGGACUGCAUCGUGCCUUGGUUGAGUUUGCACAACUCGUGCCCUGUUUGCCGGCUUGAACUGCCAGUUGCGACCGAGCCCACUCACGAGGCAAGGAGUGCAGAGGAUGUGGAAUUGGGCUCGGUGGAGGGGAGGGGGAGGAGGGGAUUGUGGUCAUGGUUAUGGCCAUUUAGGUGGUGGCCUAGUUGGAGUUGGCUCCAUCGAGAGGGUGCCGAGUUUGGUUAUGACAGGAGGAGAUGGUCUUUCGAUGGUGGUGAAAUGGGUUAUACUAGGAGGCGGCGGCUUUUCGAUGAUUUGUGACGGUGGAUUGUGUGGUGGGUUCAAGCCCAUUGGCCUGGUUGCCCCAAUUAGAGGGCUGAUCCAUCACUUUAAGUAGCCAUAUAAGGUUCUUGCUUUCUCAUUUGAGUCUACAAACUAGAACACAUUGAGGUGGCUUGGAUCCUGUAUCAAACAUAAAAGAGGAUUGGAUCAAGGUGUCAUAUGCACUCUCCUUUCCCACAACCUCACGUCCUCCUUAACCAUGAACCCAGCCCCAAGCCCUUCUCCUUAAGAGAGUAUGGCAUCAAUGUUUCACAUCCACUCCUCCCUCCCCCAACCCCAUACCAGCUCUCUCUCUCUCUCUCAUGGCAUCAUUGUAUAAUUCCCCACAACCGGCUUUAUGGCGAAAGCUGUUCAGACGGUCCCUUUGAAUAUCAACCCUUCGAGGGAAAAUAUGGUUUCACAAAGUCUCAGCAAAGGGAGAAGUUGACAAAAAAAAUUCAAGCUUGAUUGUAAUAAUCUUUUGAGUUCUA